UAGACAGCUUGCUUCUCGUGCCUUCGAUCUUUUCUCAAGGCAUGUGACUGCCCAUCGAUUUCGCCAUCGAUGGCAGUUGGUUCGCCACUCAAACAAGAAAGAACGCGCUGGCAUCUCCACCGUAACCGCGGACUGGAUAUAAAAGACCCUCCUCAUUUCUCAUUCCUCAUUCACUAACUCAUUUCAACCCCUUUCACUUCAACUCUCCAACAGACCCAACCAUAACUAUGUCUGCCGAUCGCAACCCCCUCCGUCUUGGCUCUAUCGCCCCUGACUUCGAAGCUGAGACCACUCAGGGCCCCAUCAAGUUCCAUGAGUUCAUUGGCAACUCCUGGGUUAUUCUCUUCUCUCACCCUGCCGAUUUCACACCCGUCUGCACCACCGAGCUCGGCGAGGUUGCUCGUCUCCAGGACAAGUUCGAGGAACGUAAUGUCAAGGUCAUUGGUCUCUCUGCCAAUGGUCUCGAUUCCCACCAUGAAUGGGUCAAGGACAUCAACGAAGUGAAUAACGUUGACCUUAAGUUCCCCAUUAUUGCUGAUGCUGAUCGCAAGAUCUCUACCCUCUACGAUAUGUUGGAUUACCAGGAUAUCACCAAUCUUGAUAACAAAGGCGUUCCAUUCACUGUCCGCUCUGUCUUCAUCAUUGAUCCCAAGAAGACUAUUCGCUUGACUCUUUCUUACCCCGCCUCAACUGGUCGCAACUUUGAUGAGAUUCUUCGUGUUGUCGACUCUCUCCAGCUCGGCGACAAGCACCGUGUCACCACACCCGCUAACUGGAAGCGUGGCGAUAACGUUAUCGUUCAUCCUUCUGUCACUAAUGAAGAGGCUGAGAAACUCUUCCCUGGUUUCAAUGUCGUUAAGCCUUACCUCCGUUUUGCUACCCAGCCUCAGGCAUAAUUUUUUACUGUCCACGUGUUAACUCAAAUCACCUGUAUAUAAUAAAAUAAGGCAAUAAAAUCGUUUUAACUGAAAAUCCC